AUUAUAUUGCCUUAAUCCAUCUUCAUCCACGCAUAAGUUCGGACCAACCUCUCUUUAAACAUCCCAGAAACAUUUCCUCCUCCUUCUCUCUUCAUUUCUCAACCCCAAAUCAUCAACCCAUCUUCAACCAUAACUAAUCACUUUCUCAUCCAAGAUUAAGUCAAGAUUAGCAUCAAAGCUCCAAGGAUUGUCAUCAAUCACAAGUUUGAUCUUCCUUAUCUCAUUAAAUCUUGUAUUUUAAUCAUGGAUUCAUCUAUUUCUAUGUUUCCCAACAUGUAUAGCUAAAUAAAUUUGGGGCUAGAAAUUGGUUAAUUAAUUGUUCUUAUAAUGUUUUAAUUUGUAUUGAUUUUAAUUGUUAAGUUUGUUCUAUUUAGAUUGUUGUGUCCAGAAAAUUAAUUAUGUUGUGUUUAUGAUAUAUAUUAUGAGUACUCAAUCAUAAACAUAUUGUUUGUUAAAUACACAAAUGAACACUUUCUGAACACACCGUUAAACUUCUUUUAUCUUGUCCCGGAUUGAAGUUUUACGAGAGAAUUUAAUUAUUUAAUUAUAUUAUUUACACCACGGGGUUGGGUAAAUAAUAUAGUUAAUAAUUAAGGUUGCCGUUGCACUUAAACAACUAGUCUCAUUUUGGCCAUCACUGGGAAAUGUUGACUAGUUACUUAUUUUAGGUGACUUGUGUUGGGUCCUAAAAUAUUUAUCUACAACUUCUCACAAUCUAUCUAAGAAUAAAAUUAGCAAUUAUGUCUUACAAAUGAGCAUUGAACAAUUAGUUGCCAAUUUCUACCCCUACUUGCUAUUGGUUGAACUUUGUGUUGAUAAAAAUCUCUUCUCUCAAUCACUUUUAUUUAAUUACUUUUCCAAGCAAACAAAAAUCAAAAGAAACGCAUUCCCAACUUCAAUCCUUAGUUUGUGCUUAAUUAUUUUAUUUCCCGCUUCUCUGUGGUUCGACACCCUACUUCCUUGCGUAAAAAAAUAGUUGUGUGCCCAUUAUAUGCUACACACCAACUUGGCGCCGUUGCCGGGGAAGCGGUUUUGAAAAAAAAAAUUGAGAGCAUAAACUUUCGAUUUUAGUUAUUGUAAAUUGUGUGUAUAUUAUUCUGUUGUUAUCUUUUUACCUUUGCAGGUUAAAAAAAAAGUGAUUAAUUAAAGUUCAAAAAAAAAAAUCAAAAAAAAAAAAUCAAAAAAAAAAAUCAAAAAAAAAAAAAUGGACUGUGAUUAAUCAUCUUACCUGAGCAUUGGAGUUGGACUUGUUGACUGAACAUAUCUGGACAUUCAGACCAUUGAACAUAUUGUUACAUUUUAAUUAAAAGGAUACUCCGCCUAUAUGGUCGGACCGCUUACUUGUACAUUAUAAUUCAAAGGAUACUCCGCCUAUAUGGUCGGACCGCUUACUUGUACAUUAUAAUUCAAAGGAUACUCCGCCUAUAUGGUCGGACCGUUUAUUUUUCUUUUUAUGGUGGUUCAAACCCCAACUUUUUAAUUUCUGCACUUUAAUUAUCGCAAUUUAAUUUGUGCACUUAUAUUAUCGCAAUUUAAUUUCCGCACUUUAAUUUCAGCAUUUUUUUUAAAUUUUGCAUCCCCAAGCUUGUAGGCCGUGUCCACUUGUUGGUGGAGUGCACUUUUUAUUUUUAUUUUUUUUCUUAAUAAUCCCCAGACUGUCGGCAUAGCUGCAUCUUGGUGGAGACUGUAUUUAUUACUGUAGCUAUUUUUUUUCUUCCCUCAAAUCACCAUAUCUGUCGGCCUAGCCGCAUCCUGGUGAAUUACUGUACAUUUUUUUUCUUCCGCAUUUAUUUUUUCUUUUCAUCUCUCUCUCUCUCUCUUUCCCAAUCCCAAUUCCCUUCUGCUUAUGCUCACACGUUCACGUGGUGCGAAUUGUGAAUUGUUAUUCUUCUCUGACAUUGAAAAGCACAUACGUGAACAGGAAAAAAUAAAAAAAUGUCAAACGAUAUUGUUGUUUAUGAGCAGGUACCCGAUCAACAAAUCGUGGAUCAGGUUAUGAGGACCAGAAAACCGCUGUAUGAUUAUGUUACGCCUCCCGUGGAUGAGCAUGACAGUGUUAUUCCACCAGAGGUUAACAUGAAUCACUUUGAAAUCAAGCCUGCUAUCAUUCAUAUGGUUUCAAAUACUCAAUUUGGCGGAGCGCCAACGGAGGAUCCAAAUAAUCACAUCACAAAGUUCCUUCGAGCUUGCAACACCUUCAAAAUCAAUGGUGUGCCAACUGAUGCUGUCAGACUACGCCUGUUCCCAUUCUCUCUACGGGAUCGAGCUCAGAGUUGGCUUGACUCUUUUCCGGAUAAUCACUUCUCCACUUGGGAUCAACUUCAUGGUGAAUUUCUCAAAAGAUUUUUCCCGCCAUCUAAAACGGCGAAAAUCCGAAGAAUGAUUCAAAAUUUCAAGCAAAAUCCCAAUGAGCCCCUCUACGAGGCUUGGGAAAGAUUCAAAGAUCUUCAGCGACAGUGUCCACAUCAUAACAUCCAAAACUGGCACUUGAUGACGGCUUUCUAUGAAGGCCUACAUGAAAAUUCUCGGAUACUCGUGGACGCGUCAGCAAAUGGAUCAUUCAUGUGCCUAGAACUUGAAGAGACAGAAGAAUUGAUGGAGCGUAUUUCAUCAAAUGGAUCAACAUGGUAUUCUGAGCGAUCAUCUGCUCCACCAAAAAUCGGAGGCAUGUAUGAAGUUGAUCAAAUGUCGGCCAUAACCACAAAGGUCGAUAGCAUGAUGAAUCUUAUCCAAAAGAUGGCACAAGUCUCUCUUGUGCAAAACUCAACAUCAACUCCAGCUCCCAUUCCCAUUCUUAUGUGUGAAUCUUGCGGUGGACAACACAAUCAGUCUACUUGUCCAUGGGAAGCAAUGGAACAACUUGACUAUGUCAACUACAACAGGCAGCCUCAACAAAAUCAAUUUGGUAAUUUCAAUCCUCAAGGAAGAAACCAUCCCGGUUUUUCCUGGAGCAAUCAAAAUGGAGCUGCUAAUCCACAACCAUCUUAUCGGAGUGCACCACCCGGUUUCCAAAACCAACAACAGCAAGUCAGAGGUGGCCAAGGUAUUGUGAACCAGCAACACUAUAAACCCACUCAAAAUCUUCUAUACCCUUCAACUCAACAGCAAAAACCACUUCUCCCCACUCCUGAAACAACCCAAACUCCUGUCCUAGAAAACAUUGUUGACCAACUUCUCAAGUCCCAAUUAUCUCAAGCUGAAACCCUGAAACAAAUCACCGAAGAACUUGGUCAACUUCGAGCUCACAACAAGAUGCUUGAGAAUCAAAUUGCUAAUCAAGCAUCCACAUCAUCAACUAAGGUGACAGGUAAGCUUCCUGCUUGUCCUGAAAACCCUAGGGAGCAAAUCAAUGUCGUCACUACUCGGAGUGGGAAACAACAUCAAUCCUCGCCCCGUUCUAGUGAUGAACAAGAACAUGAAGUGUUGGAGGAAAGGGCCGAGCAACAACAGAAAGGUGGAAACAACAACAAUGAACUUGAUGUCGGUACCAUGCCGAAACCAUCUGAUGAUCGUGAAGGGUCGAAGAAAGAAAAAAGCAGUUCGGUAAGGAAAUAUAUUCCCCCAGUUCCUUAUCCGAACAGAUUGAAGAAAGCUAAUAUGGAGGAGCGGAGAACUAAAUUUUUGAAUGUUAUCAAACAGUUGGAUAUCUCAAUUCCUUUGCUUGAUGCCAUUACAGAAAUUCCUUCAUAUGCUAAAUUUCUCAAAGAUAUUCUCACAAAGAAGAAGGAGAAUCCAGCCACUGUUGCAAUGAGCCAAGAAUGUAGUGCCAUAAUCCAAAACAAAAUUACACCCAAGUUACGUGAUCCUGGAAGCUUCUCAAUUCCAUGUAUCAUUGGUGGAUCUAAAGUUAACAAAGCUCUUUGUGAUCUUGGUGCAAGUGUUAGCUUAAUUCCCUAUUCACUAUGUCAAAAGCUACACUUGGGGGAUCCCAAACCAACAACAAUGGCGUUACAAUUGGCUGAUCGAUCUGUCAAAUAUCCUAUCGGCAUUCUUGAAGAUGUUCCUGUCAAAAUUGACAAGUAUUAUAUCCCGGGAGAGUUUGUUGUCUUGGAUAUGGAGGAAGAUGCUCGAGUUCCUGUUAUUCUCGGGAGACCCUUUCUAGAUACGGCAGGAGCAAUUAUCAAUGUAAAAAAGGGUACCCUUAUCCUUGAGAUUGGGGAUGAUAAGAUCGAAUUCAAUGUACAAGAGCUGAGUAAGGAUACAUCUUGUAUCCUUGAUGGUUACUAUGCUGAUGUUAUAGACUCUUGUAUCAUAAAGACAUUUGAUAAGUCUUAUUGGCUUUCUAAAGAUCCCAUGGAGUACACUAUACGAGAAUCUAUUGCAGAUGAGCAAGCCAAUGAAAUGGUGAAUUCAUGCCUCGAAAUGUUGCAAAGCAUAUCUUUACCGAUGCCUAAAGCACUUAAAUUUGAAGUGCUUAAUCUUGAAGAUCAAUCCUUGAAUGUCAAAGGAAAAGCACCUGAAGUAGAACUCAAACCACUUCCAUCUACUUUAAAAUAUGCUUUUCUUGGCCCGAAUUCCACUUAUCCUGUCAUUGUGAAUGCUGAUUUGGAUCUUCAACAAGUGGAAAGAAUAUUGCAAGUCUUACGAAGCCAUCGCAGAGUUAUUGGCUACACCAUUGAUGAUAUUGUUGGCAUAAAGGCAUCGUAUUGCAUGCACCGCAUUUACUUGGAGGAUGAUCACAAGCCGAGCAUUGAGCACCAAAGACGCCUCAACCCGAACAUGAAAGAUGUUGUUAAAAAAGAAAUUCUUAAACUAUUGAGUUCGGGUAUCAUUUUCCCCAUUUCGGACAGUAAAUGGGUAAGUCCUAUCCAUGUGGUGCCAAAGAAAGGAGGAAUUACUGUUGUAAAGAAUGACAAAAACGAGCUGAUUCCUACACGAAUAGUCACUGGAUGGCGCAUGUGCAUUGAUUACCGCAAGCUAAACAAGGCUACUCGGAAAGAUCAUUUUCCACUUCCCUUUAUUGAUCAAUUGCUGGAGAGGAUGGCUAAGCACAAAUAUUUCUGUUUUCUUGACGGAUUCUCUGGAUUUUUCCAAAUCCCAAUUCAUCCGGAUGAUCAAGAAAUGACGACAUUUACAUGUCCUUAUGGUACUUUUGCAUAUCGCAGAAUGCCGUUUGGAUUAUGUAAUGCACCAGGAACCUUUCAACGAUGUAUGCUAGCUAUUUUCUCGGAUCUUGUCGAGGAAAUUAUGGAAGUUUUUAUGGAUGAUUUCUCGGUUUAUGGGAUUUCAUUUGAUGAUUGUCUUGAACAUCUUGAUAAAGUGCUAAGCAAAUGUGAAGAAGCAAAUCUUGUCCUCAACUGGGAAAAAUGUCAUUUCAUGGAAACCGAAGGCAUUGUGCUUGGGCACAAAAUUUCUGAAAAGGGCAUUGAAGUAGACCCGGCAAAGAUAGAAGUAAUUGAGAAAUUGCCACCCCCUUCUUCCAUCAAGGGGAUUCGUAGUUUUCUUGGCCAUGCGGGAUUUUAUCGACGGUUUAUCAAGGAUUUUUCAAAAAUAUCAAAGCCUUUAACCAAUCUUCUCUCAAAAGAUGUGGAGUUUAAUUUUGAUGAAUCUUGUUGCGCCGCAUUUUCAAAACUCAAGUUGGCCUUAACUACUGCACCAAUUAUUCGGCCACCUGAUUGGAGUCUUCCUUUUGAACUCAUGUGUGAUGCAAGCGAUUAUGCCGUGGGAGCCAUUCUGGGUCAACGCAAAGGCAAAGAAGUAUAUGCCAUUUAUUAUGCAAGUCAUACUCUUGAUGAUGCCCAAUCAAAUUAUGCCACAACUGAAAAAGAGUUCCUUGCCAUAAUUUUUGCCAUUGAAAAAUUCCGAUCUUACCUUAUCGGUAGCAAGAUUAUUGUCUAUACUGACCAUGCGGCUAUCAAAUACCUCAUCAACAAAAAAGAUGCAAAACCGAGGUUGUUGCGGUGGAUCUUGUUACUACAAGAGUUUGACAUGGAAAUCCGUGAUAGAAAAGGAUCUGAAAAUGUUGUUGCCGAUCAUUUAUCUCGACUUGAGAUUCCUUGUGAUACCAAGAGGCCAAUCAAUGAUUAUUUCAUUGGGGAACAACUUAUGGCUGCUCAAAAUUUCGAUCCAUGGUUUGCCGAUAUUGCAAAUUACCUUUCUCAUGGGGUAAUUCCACAUGGUGCUACACAUACUGAAAAGAAGAAGUUAAAAUAUGACUCCCGCUACUAUCAUUGGGCAGAACCUUUUCUCUAUAGAAGGUGUGCCGAUGGAGUCAUUCGACGGUGUUUGCCCGAAGAUGAAGUUUCAAAUGUCUUGCACCAUUGUCAUUCCUCAGCAUAUGGGGGACAUCAUGGAAGCUCUCGUACUGCUGCAAAGAUUUUACAAUCAGGUUUCUUUUGGCCCACUAUUUUCAAAGAUGCAAGCAAAUUUGUGAAAAACUGUGAUCGUUGCCAACGUACCGGUAAUAUUGGAAGAAAGAAUGAAAUGCCUCAACAUGGCAUACUUGAAGUCGAAUUGUUUGACGUGUGGGGGCUCGAUUUUAUGGGGCCAUUUCCAAAAUCAAAUGGGAAAGAGUUCAUCCUUGUAGCUGUUGAUUAUGUUUCUAAAUGGGUAGAAGCAGCUGCCACACAGACAAAUGAUGCCAAAGUGGUGAUCCAAUUCAUUCAGAAAAAUAUUUUCUCCCGAUUCGGAGUUCCACGAUCUUUCAUCACCGACAAUGGUACUCAUUUUUGUAACAAAGCAUUGGAACGUGUCCUUUCCAAAUAUGGGAUUCACCACCGACUCUCAACUCCAUACCACCCGCAAACAAAUGGCCAAGUGGAACUUUCAAACCGAGAAAUCAAAACAAUUCUCGAGAAAGUUGUUAAUCCUUCCCGAAAGGAUUGGGCCGAAAAGCUCGAUGAUGCACUAUGGGCAUAUCGCACUGCUUACAAAAAUCCCAUCGGCACCUCACCAUUCAAAUUGGUGUAUGGGAAAGCAUGUCACCUUCCUGUUGAGGUUGAACACAAAGCAUAUUGGGCAAUCAAGACACUCAACAUGGAUCUUGCAUUGGCGGGUGAGAAACGACUGUUGCAGCUAAAUGAACUUGAAGAAUUCAGACUUGCAGCUUAUGAUAGCUCAAAACUCUACAAGGAGAGAACAAAAGUUUUGCAUGACCGGGUGAUCAGCCGAAGAAAAUUUGAACGGGGAGAUAAAGUUCUUCUAUUUAACUCACGUUACAAAUUCUUUCCCGGAAAGCUAAAGACCCGAUGGUUGGGUCCAUUUGAAGUACUUGAAGCAUUUCCAUCCGGAGCAGUCCAGUUGUUAAACAAAAGCGGCCAAAAACUCAUGGUAAAUGGACAACGGUUGAAACUAUACCAUGAUGGUGAGAGACAAGAGGCAACUUCUGUGUAUUGCCUCACUGAUCCGAAAUAUGAAUGAAGAGGCAUGGGUCAAGCUAAUGACCUUAAACGAGCGCUUCUUGGGAGGCAACCCAAGUUUGUAAAUUUCAAAAAAAAAACAAAAAACAAAAAAAAAAGCAAAAAAAAAAUGUCUAGGUUUUUGUUUUUGGACUCUAAAGGGGCCACAUCCGCUCGAAAAGACAUCUCAACAUCAUCCGUCCGCAAUUCAGGGAAGUUUUCUUUACACUCCUUUAAUUUAUUUUCCACUGAGGACAGUGCAAAUUUUAAGUGUGGGGGAGUGGGUAGUUCGACCCUAAUUUCUUGUGUGAAUAUUUUUUCUUUUUCCUUGCUUGUUUGUGUGAUUUUAUUUUCUUUUAUUUUUAUUUUGUGUGUUUGUUUAGAAAAGUAAAGACCAGUCUUGUCCAAAAUACAACAAUAGACAAACAACACAUUAGUUUACACUUUUUGUUACUAGUUACUUCCAUAACUUUUUAAAACUAUUCAUUCACCUCUUUUGACGAAAUGUGGUUUGAGUUUGAGAAGUGUCACUAUAAUUUUUUGAGAGUAACUUAGUAUUAGCUUUGAACUUGAUUCUUUUUAACACUUUAACAUUAAACACCUUAGAUUUUAUUUUUCCAAUUUAUUGGUUAAUAGUUGAAUUAGUGAAAGUUUAUGCAGAUUAAGAUGUUCAUACAUUUAUUCUCCUUGAAAUUUUAUUUGAACUUGACACAUUUAGAAAUGAUUUAGGCCAUCUUUGUUUACCCAUGAAGCCAAACACUAUCCCUUUGUAAAUAAAUAACACUUUCCCUAGUAACCUCGUUUCACCCUUUCAGUGUACAAGUGUAAAAUAUCUUACUUCACUUGUUACUAAUUCUUUUUUUUGUAACCUUGUAAAUACAUAACCUUCUGAAGCCCUAUCCAAAGUUAAUCUUUUCUAAUCCUAGAGUAGAUUGUCUUGUUACUUGUGAGCGAAUAAAUGGAGCUACUAUUAAGUGUCAUAUGAGUGAAGUACAUAUUUGUUUGUAAAUUUUGGGGUUAGUUUUUCAUUGUAAUGUUCAGUGUGUGCCCUCUUUGAAAAAAAAUCAAAAAAAAAAGAAAGAAAAAAAAAGAGAAGAAAAAUUGAAAAAAAAAGAAAAAAAAACAAAAAAAAAACAAAGAGGCACAUUAAAUUCUUGUUGUAAUUUCUUUUGUAAAACCCCAUUUUUUUUUACUUUUCAUGUUUAUAUUUCUCAUUGUUUUGUAUGCUCCAAGUUUUUGUAAAUUCUUGUGAUGAUCCGCUCACUAUUAGUACAAUCUAACCCUCUCUGUAUAUUCUUACACCAAACUUUCCUUCCAACUAGCCACACUCAUUAAUCUCGCCACUCACCGAAAAAAGUCCUAAUUGAUCUAUUUGUGUCAUUUUUUGAAUUUAGCGGAUUGGAGAAACUUGUUCUGCAUAACCCGAACUAAUUUAGAUCUAUAGGUGUUUGUGUUAAAAGUUUGAUUUGAAAAUCUUAGUGAUAGGCAAUAAUACUCGGUUUACUCUCAAUGCGUUAUUUUGUGACAUUUCAGGGUAUUGGACCGUUUAAUGGACAUUAGAGGUGGAUAUGUGAUUUAUUUAGUUAUGUUUGUAAAUCUUAUCAAAUUGUGUAUAUUUUUGUGUUUGUUGUUUGUUUUACUUGAGGACAAGCAAAAGCCUAAGUGUGGGGGAUUUGAUGUACUUAUAUUUUACACACUUUUUAGGCUUAGUUUGUUAUUUAUUUUAGUUAUUAAAAUUCUACUUUUGUACAUAUUUUUAUAAUUUGUCGUUAGUUUGUACUUGUGCAGUCCUACACGGGUAUUUUGUAUUUUCAGGUACUUUUGAUGCUAUUUGGAUACAUUAGAGUGAACAAAAGAAGAAAAAUAAAAGUUCAAGUUGGAGGUCAAUAAAAGUGGAAUUUCCUUCAAAACAAAUAAGGAGUAAAUUGAAGAAAAGAAUCAAAACUAAAAAUGAUGGAGGUGGGAUUCGAUCCCUGGAAAAAGGGUAGAAGAAUGCCUACUACAACCAGUGUGCUAAGUGAUCAAUACUGUACAUAUUCAGCUGGCAAUUGUUAUAUUCCUUCUGAACGCGGCAAAGAAAAGAACAAAAUGUUUAAGCGGAGAAUCGAUAACAUGAUCUCCGAGUUUUCCUCUGAAGUGCUUAUCUGUUGAGCUACCUGCCACUUUUGAAACUUUACUGCGCUUUGUUGUAGAUAAACUCAUCUGUUCCGUAAAUUCCAGCAAUUAAUGAUUAAUCACCUUAUCAUUAUAUUGCCUUAAUCCAUCUUCCUCCACACAUAAGUUCGGACCAACCUCUCUCUAAACAUCCCAGAAACAUUUCCUCCUCCUUCUCUCUUCAUUUCUCAACCCCAAAUCAUCAACCCAUCUUCAACCAUAACUAAUCACUUUCUCAUCCAAGAUUAAGUCAAGAUUAGCAUCAAAGCUCCAAGGAUUGUCAUCAAUCACAAGUUUGAUCUUCCUUAUCUCAUUAAAUCUUGUAUUUUAAUCAUGGAUUCAUCUAUUUCUAUGUUUCCCAACAUGUAUAGCUAAAUAAAUUUGGGGCUAGAAAUUGGUUAAUUAAUUGUUCUUAUAAUGUUUUAAUUUGUAUUGAUUUUAAUUGUUAAGUUUGUUCUAUUUAGAUUGUUGUGUCCAGAAAAUUAAUUAUGUUGUGUUUAUGAUAUAUAUUAUGAGUACUCAAUCAUAAACAUAUUGUUUGUUAAAUACACAAAUGAACACUUUCUGAACACACCGUUAAACUUCUUUUACCUUGUCCCGGAUUGAAGUUUUACGGGAGAAUUUAAUUAUUUAAUUAUAUUAUUUACACCACGGGGUUGGGUAAAUAAUAUAGUUAAUAAUUAAGGUUGCCGUUGCACUUAAACAACUAGUCUCAUUUUGGCCAUCACUGGGAAAUGUUGACUAGUUACUUAUUUUAGGUGACUUGUGUUGGGUCCUAAAAUAUUUAUCUACAACUUCUCACAAUCUAUCUAAGAAUAAAAUUAGCAAUUAUGUCUUACAAAUGAGCAUUGAACAAUUAGUUGCCAAUUUCUACCCCUACUUGCUAUUGGUUGAACUUUGUGUUGAUAAAAAUCUCUUCUCUCAAUCACUUUUAUUUAAUUACUUUUCCAAGCAAACAAAAAUCAAAAGAAACGCAUUCCCAACUUCAAUCCUUAGUUUGUGCUUAAUUAUUUUAUUUCCCGCUUCUCUGUGGUUCGACACCCUACUUCCUUGCGUAAAAAAAUAGUUGUGUGCCCAUUAUAUGCUACACACCAACUUGGCGCCGUUGCCGGGGAAGCGGUUUUGAAAAAAAAAAAUUGAGAGCAUAAACUUUCGAUUUUAGUUAUUGUAAAUUGUGUGUAUAUUAUUCUGUUGUUAUCUUUUUACCUUUGCAGGUUAAAAAAAAAAAGUGAUUAAUUAAAGUUCAAAAAAAAAAAUCAAAAAAAAAAAUCAAAAAAAAAAAUCAAAAAAAAAAAAAGUGGACUGUGAUUAAUCAUCUUACCUGAGCAUUGGAGUUGGACUUGUUGACUGAACAUAUCUGGACAUUCAGACCAUUGAACAUAUUGUUACAUUUUAAUUAAAAGGAUACUCCGCCUAUAUGGUCGGACCGCUUACUUGUACAUUAUAAUUCAAAGGAUACUCCGCCUAUAUGGUCGGACCGCUUACUUGUACAUUAUAAUUCAAAGGAUACUCCGCCUAUAUGGUCGGACCGUUUAUUUUUCUUUUUAUGAUGGUUCAAACCCCAACUUUUUAAUUUCUGCACUUUAAUUAUCGCAAUUUAAUUUGUGCACUUAUAUUAUCGCAAUUUAAUUUCCGCACUUUAAUUUCAGCAUUUUUUUUAAAUUUUGCAUCCCCAAG